AUGGUUUUCCUUUUCACCCCGGUUCCCCCUGCAUCCCGUGCCUGUCAGAUGCUGGUGGACGAUUUUGGUGACAUCACCAUCACCAAGGCGAAUCCUCAUUCCCGUUUCAACCCGGUCCCCCCUGCAUCCCUCGCCUGUCAGAUGCUGGUGGACGAUAUUGGUGACAUCACCAGCACUAACUUGAGGCGAAUCCUCAUUCCCCUUUCACCCCGGUCCCCCCUGCAUCCCGUGCCAAUGCUAGUGGACGACAUUGGUGAUAUCACCAUCACCAACGACGGAGCCACCAUUCUGAAGCAGCUGGAAGUGGAGCAUCCUGCUGCCAAGGUGCUGGUGGAUCUGGCAGAGCUACAGGACAGGGAGGUGGGGGACGGAACCACGUCAGUCGUCAUCAUUGCGGCCGAGCUGCUCAAGAGGGCGGACGAUCUCGUGCGCAACCGCAUUCACCCAACAUCCAUCAUCAGCGGGUAUCGACUGGCGAUGAGGGAGGCGUGCAAGUGUGCGGACGGCAAGCUGGCAGUCAAGGUGGAGAAGCUGGGCAAGUCAACGCUGCUGAAUGCGGCCAAGACGAGCAUGGCCUCCAAGAUUGUCGACAUGGACAGCGAGUUCUUUGGCAAGAUGGUUGUGGACGCGGUGCAAGCUGUGAAGACGACGAACGAGAAGGGCGAAGUCAGAUACCCCAUCAAGGCAAUCAACAUUCUCAAGGCGCAUGGCAAGAGCGCCAGGGACAGUGCCCUGAUCAACGGCUAUGCACUCAACACCACGCGCGCCGCCCAGGGCAUGCCGCGCCGCGUGGGGCCCGCCCGCAUUGCGUGCCUGGACUUCAAUCUGCAGCGCACGCGCAUGCAGAUGGGCGUGCAGGUUCUGGUGACUGAUCCGAAAGAGCUGGAUAAGAUCAGAGAGAGGGAGUCGGAUAUCACAAAGGAGCGCAUUCAAAAGAUGCUCAAGGCGGGUGCGAAUGUCAUUCUCACCACCAAGGGCAUCGAUGACAUGUCGCUCAAGUAUUUCGUGGAGGCAGGCGCCAUUGCAGUGCGGCGAGUCAAGAAGGACGACCUGAGGCACAUCGCCAAGGCGUCUGGCGCCACUAUGAUGCUCACGUUCGCUGACAUGGAAGGGGGAGAGACGUUCGACGCGUCCAUGUUGGGACAGGCAGAGGAGGUGUAUGAGGAGCGCGUGGCGGAUGACAACAUCCCCAUCUUCAAGGGCUUUAAGGCGGCUAAGGCGGCCACCCUCCUCCUCCGUGGAGCCAACGACUACAUGCUCGACGAGAUGGACCGAUCCCUUCACGAUGCCAUCUGCAUUGUCAAGACUCGCACUGUCCCACUCCCUCAAUCUCCCUCUGUCCCUUCCAUGACCCGCCUUCCUUUACAGGCAACCCUCCUCCUCCGCGGAGCCAACGACUACAUGCUGGACGAGAUGGAUCGAUCACUGCAUGACGCCAUCUGCAUUGUCAAGCGCACACUCGAGUCCAACUCCGUGGUAGCAGGGGGAGGCGCUGUGGAAGCGGCCCUGUCAGUGCACCUUGAGAACCUCGCGACGACUCUUGGUUCGCGGGAGCAGCUGGCCAUUGCAGAGUUCGCAGAGGCCCUGCUCGUCAUUCCCAAGGUGCUUGCGGUGAAUGCUGCCAAGGACGCCACAGAUCUGGUGGCGAAGCUGAGGGCGUACCACCACAUGUCGCAGACUAAAAGCGACAAGCAGCACUUGGCAGAGUACGGCUUGGAUCUUGUGAACGGUGUGCUGAGGAACAACGUGGAAGCAGGAGUGCUGGAGCCAGCCAUGAGCAAAACCAAGAUCCUGCAGUUUGCCACGGAAGCUGCCAUCACCAUUCUCAGGAUCGACGACAUGAUUCGCUUGGCCAAGGCCCAAGACGGCCCUGAGGAGUGA